GAUGGACAUGUGCAGAGAGCGACUCACCCAGGGACUGCUGCUGCGUUUGGGCAUUCUGCUCACUGCUGUGUGUGUGAGCGUUCAUGUUUACCUUGAGUCGGGUUGGCGGGGCACACCUGCACCCCUGGCUGUGGGACAUCCCACCCACUCUUGUCAGAAUUGUGGCCAACAAAGCAGAAGUAAACGGGUCUCUACAGAGCCUGGGGAUCAGGGCAGAAGCAUUAAAAGGAGAAUCUCCUAUAUUCGUAUGCCGAAAAAGGACAGCCCAGCUGGGAAGAGAGACGAAGAUAAAGAGGACCCCUCACCUCCUUGCUGUCCACCUCUCCACCCGGACAGAAAGGCUCCUCGGUGGCACAUACACCUUGAGCCCUGGGCCAGUGAAAGUCAUUCUCUGGAGGACGAAGCUAGAAGGUUUCUCAACUACAUCACAACACCACAAGUGUCUUGUGCAUCACUGCCUGGUGAGGAAGCUGCUCAAGGGGGGACCACGGGAGCCUGGACUGUGUGCCUGGACCCAGAGUACAGUCUGACCCACAGGGUGCAAAGCAAGCACUGCAGGGUCUACUCUUUCGGGUUGGGUGUUGAGGACCGGUCACUGGAGCGUUCCCUUGCCAGGUCAGGGUGUGAGGUCCACUGCUUUGAUCCCAGUCUGAAGCAGCCUCACCUGCAGCAUGCUGAAAUGUGGCUCCAUCGACUGUCUGUGGACUGGAGAGAUCCCAACCCUGCUAUUGUUGCCCAGCGUCAGUACGCCAGCACCAAGAAACUGGCAACCAUCCUCAAUGACUUUGGACACAGACAGGUGGAUGUACUGAAGGCAGACAUGGAGAGCGCAGAGUGGAAGAUUUUGGAGAAUUUGGUCCUGGAAGGAGUUCUGGACUCAGUUGGUCAGCUGCUCUUGGAACUUCACCUCCACUGGGCGGGUUUUGAGGUGGGCGGUGAUGAUCCUUCAGUGGUGCGCUAUUGGUUCAGCCUGCUCAAGGAGCUGGAACAUGCCAACUUCCGCCUUUUCCAUGUCCACAACGACCCAGCCAAACCCCACCUCUUUCUGCAUAAGAAUGUCCUCAACGCCAGCAGUGCUUACACCCUGAGCUGGGUGAAUACGCAGUGGAAGCCUUGAUGGGCACCAGACUGAUACAGGACAGCCAAAAAAGUAUUGACAAGAACUGAGUGGGAACGUGCAAGUUUUUGUAACAUGGAGUUUUAAGUCUGAGUACAAAUGCUUGCUAGAGCACGUCUGUUCUUCAGCUUGCUCUUAUCUGGUCUGACCUUUUUGCAAAGCUAAAAAUCCCUACUUAUCCUCCUGCUCUUCCUCUCCUGGCCUGUAAUGACCUCAGCCAUGUAGAGGGGCAGAGUAAUUGUCUCCAGAGGCUCUCUGUGUUCUACCUCAUAGUGGCUGUGUUGUUGGCUGCAGGUCAGCCUCUGAGUCACAGCCAGCCCUGUCGUCAUGGUCCUAUAGACGCUUGGCCAGCAGCCAGUCGUCCUGCCCGAUAUCAGACGGCCUUUCCUCAACCCAGUACGUAGAGAGAUUGCACUAGUCUGCACGAGCCCUAACUACAACCCCUCAGAGUUACAUGAAUUAAAUCAAAUGGAUACAUGAUGUUAAAGGGGUAGAUGGAUUACAGAUCCUGCCUCAGUGACAGCAAGUGAAUAUCUGCGAGUGUUGAAUGUGGAGCGUUCCCUCUCCUGCAUCAGAAGUUCUUUGACAAAUUUUAUCUAAAAAUGUCUCACAAGGCUAACACCCUAAAAACACACAUUUUAAAAUCUGCCAAUUAAUGUAACUCAUUAAAUAUUUUGAUGCCAUUUAAAUAAAGA